CCAUAGAGACCGAUGCUGUUCAGAGUGAGAGGGCCUGGAGAGGGUGGGGAGGGAAGGUGAAGGUGUUUCUGGCCUCCAGUGUGGGAGGAGGUGGGAGAAAGAAGUACUGAGGGAUUCCGGGGCGCUGGCUCUGAAAUCUGGGCCAGGUUUGUUUACCUUACUGUUAACCCAACUCUGCGUGGUAGGGUUUGUCCCUGGCGUCAAAGGCAGGAACAGUUGAACCCCUAGGUUUACCCUUGACGGUAAGAGCCCAAAAGUGGGCGUUUCAGUUUUCCUGCGUCAGGGAGCCUGUGAGGCUUUGCCCUUUGACCUUUGACAUCGGUGCAGCUUCUGCUUCUUCAGAUACGGAAAACAGGAAUAAGAGAGAUUGGCCAUUCAUGACAAUUCAGAGAAAUGCUAGCUCAGAUAAUCUGUUAUUCUGUAUGAAAAACGGGAUGAGAAGAAUCAAGUAUAAGCCAGUAGACUAUCAACAGUUACAUGCAUUAACUGAAGCAAAGAAAUUAGCUUCUGCUUCUAUAGAGCAAAAGAUCAGAAAAGCAGUGGAGACUUCAAAAAUAUCCAAAGAACAAAUGCUAAUCAAACAACACAAACAAGUGUGGUGGCUAGAACACCAACGACUAAAUGAACUCAAAUGUAAAUUGGAUUCUGAAAUAAAAUCUUUUCUCAAUGAAGAGCACAUUGGAAACAAGUGUCUUUGUGAACUUAGGAAUUUUGAACAAGAGUUAUCAGAACAAUGGAGUAUGUAUCUUAAAGACGUGAUAGAUCCUAUUCAUCAGCUGAGAGCAGAUCUAAAGUACCGACAGCAUCACACCUUACAGCAUUCACGCCAUCAUAUGGAGUUUAACUCAGGCCCAGUACUGAAAGAAGUUGACUUUGUGAAAAAACAAUUGAAAGCUGUCUUUGCAAGCCUUGGGCGGGAGCAACAGAAAAUAGAAAAUGAUUUUUCAGACUGCAGUGUGAAAAUAAUCAGUUAUUCUUUAGAAGAAAAAACUAACCUACUUAGUGAACUACCCACAGAAUUAGAAACUUUGGAAUGCCCAUACCCUGAAUUGAAAUCAUCAAUCCUUAAUGAGUUCUGUAACUUUACAGAGAAAUAUCAAAAGAAACUUCAUGAUUUUGAUCUGCAGUUAGAAAACAUAUACAGAAACUUCCAACUAAGUGAAGAAGAUCACUGGAUUUACCAGGCUGUUUUAGAUCAAUAUCCUGGAGAUCUUGUUGGCAGAAGAACUUUGUAUCUGGACAUGUUACAAAGAUAUUUUCCUCACAAAUCUAGGCAUGAUUUGGUACAGCAUGAGAAAUAUUGUGACCAAUAUCACUUUGCUAGGGAGCAGCGAAGGAUCUUGAUAGAAAACUGGAGUAAGAAUAGGAAAGACUUUAUACAGAAGGCAGCAUUGACCCUCCUUGAGGCCUCUGCCACUUAUGAAAUGGAAAGCACAUUGGCAAAGGACAGGAAAAAGCAACAGGAAUUGUGUGCUGAUCUGAAAGCCAAGGUUUUUCAAUGGCGAGCCCAUCAGGAAGAGGUAGCAAGACUGGAAAUGGAAAUUUCUGCCAGAAGAAGAGAAAAGGAAGAGGAGAAAGAGAAAUUAUGGAGGAAGAAAGAAUUGUUGAAAAGGGAGGAGAAGAAAAAAAAAAUAAGAAAAUACUGGGCUAUGAAAGAGCAGAAAUGGCAAGAAAUGGAAAUGAGAGAUCUUCAGCGCCUAGAAGAACUGAAGAAAUUAAUGGCUGAACAGUCAGUAAAAGACAGAGAAAGGGUUCAAUAUAGACAAGCAUUAUUGGAAAAGCGUUUGAUGGAGAAAAAAGAAGUGGCCCUUCAAGAAGCACAUGAGGAAGAAGAGAGAGAGAGGCGACUUGAAGCCCUUAGGAAACAGGUUGCUGUUGUUGCUCAAUUUGAUCCUGUUAGAAUGAUGUCAGAUACGAUAGCAUCAAAAGCUAAGAUGGGUACUGAUAUGGAAGAAGAGUUCAUUCUUCAAAAGCCCCUCUUCACACUGCAUACAUACAAUGAACGGCAGCUGCUGGAUGGAGACUGGCACCCAGAGACACUACAAGCUACUCCUUGAAGGUGACAAAACAACAAGACAGUAGGAGCCUGAGUUCCAGAACCACCAAUUUGAGGAAAGCCAUCCAUCAACUAGGACCACCUGCUUUCUACUUAAUGUGAGCAAGAAGUGAACAUACAUUGUGCUAAGCCUGUGAGAUUUUGCAGUGGCAGGUAGCAGUAUAGUGAGGAUAUGAAGGAAAUAAGGGUGACUGUCAGAGUCUUUUAGGUUAAAACUUUGUAUGUCCAGAAUUCUACUUUCUUUUGAAAACAAUGUUGAUAAUAAUGAUCAUCACUGCUGUGAAGGCAAGGGUGACUUUUCAGGUACAAUACAUUAGGUUCCCUAGCCAGGAUUGCUGUCUUGAGAUUUAAAGGAGUAAAUAAAUUGAACCUAGAAUGUUCUCAUUCAAAGAUAAGAAUGUGGCUGGAGGAAGACAAGGUCAUGAGAAAAGCAUCUGUGAAAAUAAAUCAAAUUUUACCUGCUGCCUCUAAAAAAUUCUGGUUUAGGUUAAAGAGCCAGUUCUGAUCAUUUGAAACCAUGUCUCCUGCUCCUCACUCUAUACACACACACACACUUUUGUCUCCUUUCAAAAUGGUCUAAUAAGUAGAGUUGCUCUUUGGAGGGAUCAAACAGAUUAUAAACAGAGCAUUCUUUUAUGCAAAAAUGAAUCUGCUGAAGUUCUACAUUAGAUGGCUGGAAAGUUGGGAAGGCUGGGUAAUAGUUUCUGACAGUGAAAAUAAGUUUCUGAGUAUGAAAAUAAGUGCAGAUGAAAAUCCAGUCAGGCAGAGAGGUAGAGAAUGAAGGCCUUGGUCCUGAGCUUGUAACAGAAAUGAGGCGUGUGUGUAUGUGUGUGUCUCAUUAUUUUCAUCUCUAAAGUAAGCCCAUUGACUUCCCAGAAAUUAAGAAAAUACCAAAAUAUAGUGCUUUUUAAAAAAAUGCAGGAAGAACCAUUACUUUUUUCAUCAGAGAAACUUGAAGUUUAGUCCCAACUUAUUCACUUACCAGCUGUGUUGUGCCUAUUAUUAACAGGUAAAUAAUUUUUGUAUACAUUGUGUAUUUGUUUGAACCUCAGUUUCCUCAUCUAGAAAUAGGAGCCAACAGGUCUCAAACUCUGUGAAUCUCAGCUGUCAAACUGGGGUUUGAAUGGUGUAUAAUUUCAGAUACCGUACAGGGUCAGACACACAGAGGCUCUCCAUAAAUGGUAGAGGAGAGACAGACGUGAAGAAAAGAGGUCGCUCUCAGUCUUAAAAAAUACCCUAAGUCUCUUUAACUUAUUAACUAAAUGAAUAAUUCAGUUUUUAAUUAUGAUGACCCUUUGAUUCAUCAAAAUAAUCCUUAGAUAAGGGUCCUGGGAAAACCAUUGUGAGGCAGCUUGAUCAAUGACUCCUGGAGCAUAAGCAUCAGAAACAGCAGUAGGGAGAAAAGGUGAAGCAGAAGACAAUGGAGGCCACACCAAGGCAAGGAGCAGUAGCCUGGAGGGGAAUGGAGAAAGGGCCAGUCCUGCUGCUGCUGGGAAAUCUCCCCGCAACCUUGCACCUCACUCUGGGAGAGAGGGGGGAGGCAACUUGGCAUCUGGUGAUAAUGAGCAUCAUAAGUCUACGUCUUCUUCUUCUUCUUCUUUUCUUCCUUCCUUUUCCUCCCCUUCUUUCCUUCACUCCUCCUCCACCUUUUCUUCUUCCUAACCUCUUCCUCUUCUCCCAUCCUCCAUCCUAUUAAUGGACUAUUCGGGCUUACCAUAAUUCAAAAAAGCCACCUGGUACAAUAAGUAAGAUCCCUAGAAAUUGGACUUGGAAGAACUUGGUCUGUCCCAGCUCUGCCCCUCCAUAACACAACUUUAGCCUCUCUGAACUCGGUUUCCUUGUUUUAUAGAGCAGGUCAAGAUCUGCUAACUUUAACUCAAAGAGCCAAUGUGACAAUUUGAUGACAUAGUAGAUAUGAAAACUCUCUAUUUGUGUUCUUAUAAUUGCUAAAGGAGUUGGGGGAAAAGCAGAAAACCGCACAGUUCUCCACUGAUGGGACUGUAAAUAUGUAUAGGCCUUUUGGAAUUUUUUUUUCUUUAAAACUUCAUUCCCUUCUUUCCUUUUCCCUACUCCCCUCCCUUCUCCUUUC